AUGAAUUUGAAGACCUUCCUACUCAGCUCUUUGAGCCUCCUCCCCAACGCUCAUGCAGCGAAACCCCCCCUUCCUACCCUUGAUCUUCCUUGGGGAUCAUACCCGGCCACCGUCCUUCCAGCGGACAAAAAUAUCUACCUAUUUGAGAAUGUCCGCUUCGGGGCCCAGCCGGAUUGUGAUAGUAGCGUUCCCAAAGUUACAGAUUGUCUCCAAUUCAACCCACUCCUACUUGACAAGGACGAUCGCACUGGACCUGGCGGUAAAAGUCCCCUUGGCAUCCCUAACCAGGACCUUGACCCAGACAAGUCGCAUACAACUAAGGUGCCUGACUGGAGUGGAGCUGAAGACUGUCUCUUCCUUGACGUCUAUGUGCCGCGGUCGGUGUUUGACGACCCAGGUUCCCAACCGCCACUGCCCGUAACCGUCUGGUUCUACGGAGGGGCAUAUGCGUUCGGUACAAAGAGGAUGAAUUCCGGGCCCCUCUACAAUGGGAGGUCCCUUAUCAAAGCCUCUAAUUACACAACCAUCUUGGUGGCGGGAAACUACCGGCUUGGAGCUUUUGGGUGGUUGGCUGGCUCCUUCAUGCAGACCAACGGCCUGCCCAAUGCCGGGCUGUACGACCAGAACCUCUUGCUCCGGUGGGUUCAGAAGUACAUUGGCAAGGUCCACGGAGACAACAACACUAUCAGUGCUUGGGGAGAGUCGGCCGGUGGUGGUUCUAUUCUCCACCACCUCAUCAGAGGGAAUGGAGACAAGAAUCCCCUGUUCACCCGUUUUGUUGCACAGAGUCCGGCCUUUGAAUGGGCGUGGGACAACUCAGUCGGCGGCCAGCUGGAUCAAGUCUACCAGAACUUUUCAAAUUCCCUUGGCUGCCAUGCCCCGUACGACAUUGAAUGCAUCAGAAACCCGUCAUUCUCAUUGGAAACCCUGGCUUUGGCGAACAUCAAGCUUUUCGAGAAUGUCAAACAGACCGGCCUUUUCCCCAUCGGACCAUCGGUGGACAAUGCCUGGAUCAAGACGAUCCCUACUCUGGCCUUCUCCCAAAAAAAGUUUUGGCCAGGGAUCAAAUCCGCCAUCGUCUCCCACUGUGCGAACGAUGCCCAACGUUUUACCCCAGACAGUGUCGUUGACAACACUACCUUCUACGGGUUCCUGACCAAGUUCCUGCCAGGCGAGAGUUAUGCCCCCUUGAGAACGAAAAUUGCGAACCAGUAUAAUUGUGUGAAGGAUUACAAGGGAGACUACAAUCUCUGUCUACGCCACGUCAUCCGGGAUGCAUCCUUCACAUGCAACACAAGAGAUCUCCUCGACUCGUAUCCGCAGCAGGCCUACGCCAUGAACUACGGCUUUCCCAAUGAUGCCUUGGCAGUUCAUGCAACUGAUCUCGUCCCGCUAUUCGCUAAUGUAGAUAUAUGGGGACAGAUCGCGGCCAUGUUUGUGAAAGGGUUCAACUACACUAUCCCAGCGGCAGCCGAAUGGGGGCGACAGCUGCGCUCAACGGUCAUAAAGCCCUACCUGAGGUACUUUUCGUCGUUCGCACGGUAUGGAAAUACUAAUGGUACUGGAGAUGGUGGAUGGCCGGUUGUCAAUGGAUCUGGGCAGCUCUUUUCCAAUGUCAUGAAGCCCUCGGCGAAAGGAUGGAAGCUAGUUGAAGAUGGCCAAAAUUCGAAGGACACAUGUGCCUUCUGGCACAGCAUAGCGCAAGAUAUUAUGCAACCCCAGCCUCAUCCAGGAUGGAAGAUGGAGAAUGCGGAUAUGGAUACGGAUGUCCAAGAGGAGCUUUAA